GCUCGGCAGCCCAGCAGCAGUUCGCCUCGGUGCCGGACCUGGAGGCAGCCAUGUACACCGAAGCUGCGAACUGGCCGUGUGUGCGGCUGCUGUCGAUUGAAGGGCCUAUUGGGUGUGGAAACCCUGGCAGGGAGAUUGUGUCAGGUCCGAUUCAGGCCAUCUCCUCACCCUCCGAGCUUUCUCUCCUCCAAUCGCCUCGAGCACUCGUGGUGUCGCCAGCAGUGCUGCACCGCGUGCUCUCACUGAUAUCCAAAGAUCCUGUCAUUGCCAGACACGUGGCAGGCAUCAUGGUGGAGUCUGCCAAUCAAACAUCUGUUCCCGCCCUCUCCCCCGCCUCCCCCUUCCCCCAGUCCCCCUUUGCCACCUACCCCAACACCUCCUACGCCUGGAACCCCCUCGGUUCAUCCCUCGAUCGUAUUUCCUUUCCGCUCCCGGUCUCCCUCCUCUCCGAUCAAGCCACAGCCGAUAUACGUCUUAAAGCAGAGGUCAACAGUCGACGGGACUUUCGCUAUCCGCUUUACAUGGCUGAAUUCGAUGCCAUCAUGACUGCCACGCGCAUAGGAGCAACCACAUCGCAGGCAUGUCUCGACAACCUUUCCUGCCUCCCCCUUGGAGGCCACAGCGUGAUGGCGUCUUUACCUCCCAUCGACGUGUCAAGCAAGGAACCUUCUAGGAAGCCGCUGGUGAUCGCCAUGGCUCAGAUGGAUGCUUCCUCGCUGUUUCGUGACGCUGCUGUUGGGGCCGAGUCCCCUAUUUCCGGUCUUAUCUGUUUGCUAGCAGCAGCAGACGCCAUUGCAUCUCUCCUUCGAAAGCCCUCCGCUCCAGACCUUCCCAAGCAGGUAACCAACCGAAGCAUCCGUAGCAGGUAG